AAUCAUGGUGUCAUGGCCGCUGUGGGCACGCGAGAAAGUUUGAAAAGUGGUGUUGACGACGAAUACUCGCUUAUCGUGACUUGCCACAAGACGGUGCACGUGCCGUUGCCUCCUGCAUACAUCGGCUCUGAGGGAAGAGGAGUUAAGACGCUACUUGAAAACUGGAAAGGACAGUAUGUCGAGAGACUUAACGGUGUCCUCCUGGGAUACGAAAACCUCAAGUUCGUCGAAGCAAGUGGCAUGAUUAUUGAUGACCAGCCGUUCGUGCACCGAGAUGUUGUCGGAGACUUCCAAGUUUUUAGGCCGGAGACUGGAUCCAUCGUACGAGCUCACAUCAACAGAAUGAGCAAGAGCCAUGUGGGCUGCCUAGUGCACGACUGGAUCAAUCUAUCCAUCCUGUUGCCCCCAAAUCCUUCUCCUGAGCUUUCACGGUACCUCAACAUGGGUCAGGAAAUACUCUGCAAAAUCACAUCAGUGUCGGUGUACCGCCACAAUGCACUCAGACUUCGUGGCGCAAUCACAUCUGAAUGCCUCAAGUUAAUGCAGGACACCAUACCGCUCACACGGUCGUCUUACGACGAUGAGCUGGUGGAAUACGAGAGCAACUUUGGCGAUGACUGGAACGAUAAUGGCGGCUCUGAUGCGGAGGCUGGGGAGCAGGAAGAACUGUGCUACCUAGAGCCCGAAGAAGACUUUUCAAUGAAGAGACGGGAUCAGCUUCUAUCGCAGGGCGAUUCAUUAGCCACGCUGGAACCGCCACUGCAGUCACCAGAAAAGCCAAAGAAGAAAAGGAAGAGCGUUGGCAGUAAAGAGAAGCAGUCCAGCAUGCCAGCCAGUCAGUCGAGUGAUGCAGCAGUAACGCAAGAAUCAGAGCUUUCGUCCACUGUACUUUCAGACUCUGAAAAAUCGAAAACCAAGGCCAAAAAACGAAAGCUUCAAGAUGACACUGGUGGUUCCCCUGCACCCAAGAAACGGAAAAAAGAGAAAGAGAAGAAAAUAAAGAAAGAAAAGGACGUGAAUGGAAGGAAAAAAGAAAAGAAACUGAAGAGAGAAAAGGGAACCAAGGUGGACAUUGAAGACAAUGCGAGCACAGUUUCAUAUUCUAGUGAUCGUAUGUCAGCUUCUGAGAGUGCUUUCAUCAAAGAUGUUGCCAAGAAGAAGAAGAAGAAAAAGAAAAAGGAGAAAGCGCUAAAGGCGGACAUUGCAGAGGACGCGAGCAGCACGGUUUCGUAUUCGAGCGAGCCCCUCAUGGCUUUCGAGGGUGCCUCUAUCGAACACGUAUCCAAGAAGAAAAAGCUGAAAAAAAAUGUCCUAGACAUGGAGGCUGGAGACAUUGGCAGUAGUGCAGCUUCUCUUAGCAGUGAUCGUCUCUCGGCUGCAGAAAUGGCCUCCAUUCAAGACGUUGCAGAGCCAGUUACUAUAAAGCACGAGUUUUCAGUGUCUCCAAGAAAGCAUGAAAAGAAGCACAAGAAGAUCAAGAUGGAAAAUGGUCCAUUAUGUGAUGCUGGCAUAGAAUCGGUGUCCUCAGACGUUAGCUUGAAGAUCAAGAAAAAGAAGAUAAAAAAGGAAAAGAUGGAUCAUUGAAAGUUUUAGCUUAGACAGUGUUGAUUUUUUACACGCAAAUGAACUGCUGCCCAUGCCAAGCCAAAAAAAGGGAUAAUUGUGAAGUCGCAUCAUCGAUGCCAUUUUGAGCACUACGCAAUGAAUUGAAGCAAUGUUUUAGGUUGCACCUUUCACAAAGCUGUUCAGGCUAUGGGAAAACAUCUCAUUGUACAUUUCAUUGCUCAUGUCGUAAUGCAUCACUCAUUUUAUUUUUCUGUUAACUCUUCUAAAGAGUCAUCUUUGUUUUUAUUUUACUUUAUUCAUUGUUACCAUGCCUGCUUUUUAUUACAUCUUUUCUUUUCUUGCUUCAAGUUUAUAAUAUACUUGCUUUAAUUAUUAGUGGGGUUACAUCACUUGAUGCAUCUGUGUAAGAUCCAAGCAUGAAGAUGCAGACACAAUGCUGCAUUGUAGAUGCAGCAUUCAUUUUGUUCAUCAAGUUAUGGUUAUUUAGUCUCAUUAGCUGCAGUAAAUAAAGCAUAAGGUCAUUACAAAG